AUGGACACUCGAAUCCCGCCUGUGUCUCCCUACGAGGCUAAGGGUGCGAUUCCCCUGCCAUUGCAGCUCCAGCAGGACGACCGGAUUGUCCGGGGACUUCUCAGCUGCGUUGAGACCUUCUUCAUUAACAGCGUGAUUGUUAAACUCGUACUGACCGGGGUUCUAAUGAGUCUGGCCUCGUCGCAUCUGUUCUCCCUGGACGGCUGGGUCCCGGUGGACCCUGCCAACUAUGAUACGCCAAAGGAAUCAUCGGAUGAGCUUGAUUUCCUCCACCGUGCCUACCAAAUCCCAACAUGGCCCGCAACUGCGAGCCCGACACUGACUGCGGUGCUCCAACGGCUCGUAGACCAAGUUUGCCAGUGGCAGCAGGAUCUGCCCGACUUUGAUGUCUUGGUUGCUGCCCGACGCGAUCUGUUGCAUCUGGGCGAGCGGCCCCAAACACCGACACGCUCGUGGGAGCCGUCUGAGCCUGCCCCGACGCCCGUGGACCGUUCACGACUCUCCUACCCCGGAUCUCCCGACGCCUCCGUCCCUGCGUCCCGAGGGCGGUCCCCGAAUACGAUCAGCUCCCCGGCGGUGGCUUCGCUGAGAGGCGAAUCCUCGCGACCCGCGGAAUCGCGUGGUUCAUCAGGUUCACGGGCAGCGACGGCAGAGACCCUACGCCAGCGACUAGCGACUCCAUUCCCGCCCCCAGAUGCGUCCAAUAGUGAAUGUGCCGAUCCCGAAAGGGCCCCGGUCACGCUGGGCCACGUGUUGACGAAUGUGGUGCUUCUGUAUGAGUUUCUGCUGGAACUGUCGGCGGUGGUGCAAGCGCGGGGAAGUCUUUUUGAAGAGGCAGGCUAUACAUAG